UGACAACCGACUCUUCUUAUGAGUCUAUUAUUUGUUUUUUCUUCUUCUUCUUCAUCUUCUUCUUACGUUUGUCGCCAUGAUCGUUCUUGGCACGGACGGCAAAAAUACUUUGUGCAUAAUUGCACCCCCCUCAUAGUCCAGCGCCCGGAAAAAUAAACAUGAGAAAAGACAAAUAACAAAACAUGGACGAAAGGAGAAAAAUAAAGCCAGACAGAAGAAGUGGUUAAGAAAGAGGGGGGGAAAAGAAAAAAAAGAUAUAUAACAGGGAAUACCUCGAAUCAUUAGUCCCCCACUAAAUACGAGGAGCCCCCCCUGCACUAGGACUUUCUCCAACCCUGACGAUC